UGGGGGUGGGGCCUCGAGCACCUACGUGUUGCGCUGUAAGGGGCGGGGCCCAGGGGCCGGGGUCUUCCAGACCCGCGGGCGGUCUGCGCCGCAGUGGACAGACCCUCGCUGACGCAGGGGCGGGACGGACGACGUCAAGUUUUCCCAAUGGGGGAAAUAGAGCCUGUGCGUGUUUCUCCCGCGCCCCAGGGCACAGGUGCGGGGGCUGCGGCCUGACGGCGGCGGGCCUGUCUGCCAUGCGGCUGCAGUGCGGCGCGCACUAAGCGUGCCCAGGACGGCGGUGCUGAGCGAGGCACAGCCUUCCCAGCCUCUGCGCCCCCCUGAAUGUGAGCCUUGCAGAACGGAAACGAUGUCGGCCAAGCGAGGGAAAUCCAGGUCCAAGGCAUCCGUGACAUUUGCGGACCUGGCCAUCUACUUCUCCCAGGAAGAGUGGAAAUGGCUGAGCCCCACCCAGAAGCGUUUGUACAAAGAGGUCAUGUUGGAGAACUACCAGAACCUGGUGUCGGUCGGUUUGAUCAUCGGCGAGAGUAGCUCACAGAACUCAGGGAGGCACUUUCCUUCGGGUUGCCACUUUAGUAUGACAGACAUCACGGAGGACACAGUGAACAUCCAACCAAGAGGGCUUUGUGUUCGGAGGCCGAAUGUCAUCACCUUACUGGAGAAAGGGGAGGAGCCCUGGGUCAUGGACCCUCCAAGGAGACCCGGCGGCUCUGGCACAACAUCUAAGUGUGAGACCAGAAAGUCACCAAAGCAGUGUAGCAAAUCCAAGCAAAUCUUCAGUCCAGGACCAGUUACUAUGCAAAUAAAGAUUCCCACAGGCAAGAGGGUAGAAUUACUCCAAAGAAAAACCAAGAAACGGGUUGUAGUGAAGAAGAAAUCUUUGAAAUGCAAGGACUGUGGGAAAACCUUUAGUCAGAGAUCAUCUCUCAAACUUCAUCAGAAUGUUCACACCGGAGAGAGGCCUUAUGAAUGCAGUCGUUGUAGAAGAGUUUUCAGACAGGUUGCAUCCCUUAUUCUUCAUCAGAGAAUUCACAGUGAAAUGAAAAGCCAUGAAUGUGAUCAGUGUGGGAAAAGUUUCAGUAAAAACAUAACCCUAAUUCUACACAGGAGAAUUCACAGUAGAAAGGAAAGUCCUGGUGGUGGGCUGGCCUCGAGUCUGGGCACGUCUGUCAGUGCCCAAACCAGCAGUCAGGUUGUCAAGAAUGCCCUCCAGUGCAGAAAAUGCGGCAAAGCAUUUAGUCGAGUGGCAACCCUUUUACUUCAUAAGAGAAUUCACAGGAGAAAGAAGAAACAUAAGUGCAAUACACGCGGGAAAGGCUUCAAAAACAAAUCAGUCCUUGUUACGCACAAAAGAAUUCAUACCAGAGAGAAAGCCCACAAAAGUAAACAGGCCUUAGGUCAGCAUACACAGCGAAGAAGCUGCUAUUUAGAGAAUCCUUUUAAGUGCAAAAAGUGUGCUAAGUCCUUUAAUAGGAUUUCACCUCUUUUGCUUCAUCAGAAAAUCCAUACUUCAAAGAAACCCUACAAAUGUGAUGAUUGCAAGAAGGAUUUUCCGCGGCUUUCAACCUUUAUUCUCCAUGUAAAAAUGCAUAAGAAAGAGAGGGCUUAUCGAUGUAAUAAAUGUAGGAAGGCCUUCAAGCGGAAUUCAACUCUUAUCCAACACCUGAAAGUUCAUAAAAGGAAGAAGAAACUCAUUGAGUGUAAAGAGUGUGGAAAGAUGUUCUCUGGAAACGCAAACCUUAAAAUACACCUGAACAUACAUUCGGAAGAGAAGCCUUUUAAAUGCGAUAAGUGUAGUAAGGUGUUUGGCCGCCAGUCAUUUCUUACCGAACAUCAGCGAAUUCAUACUGGAGAGAAACCCUAUCAGUGUGAGGAAUGUGGGAAAGCCUUCAGCCACCGGAUAUCACUUACUCGACAUAAGAGAAUUCACAGUGAAGACAGACCCUAUGAAUGUGAGGAGUGUGGGAAGGCCUUCAGCCAGAGCGCCCACCUUGCCCAGCAUGAGCGAAUUCACACUGGAGAAAAACCGUACGCCUGCACAGCGUGUGACAGGGCCUUCAGUCAGCGCACGUCCCUUAUACUACAUGAAAGGAGUCACACUGGAGAGAAGCCCUAUGAAUGUAACGAGUGUGGGAAGGCCUUUAGCAGUGGAUCAGACCUUAUUCGACAUCAGAGAAGUCAUUCUUUAGUGAAACCCUAUGAAUGUAGUAAAUGUGGGAAGGCGUACAGUAGGAGCUCAUCCCUGAUUCGACAUGAGAGCACACAUUCUGAAGAAAAAGCCUAAGGUGGUUUUCUGCCAUGUGCGUGCAUACGUAUUUUGAAAUGAGGUCUUGGUAUAUUUCCCAGGCUAGCCUUGAAUUUCCAUGCUUAAACAGUUCUCCUGCUUCAUUUGCCCGUAUAGCUUUUUUGAAGGCUAUAAAAGCUAAAAAUGAAGCUGUCAAAGAAGCAGUGCAAAGCCUGGGAAAAUUGUACAGAUGUCCUCAAUUUAUGAUGCAGUUACUGCCUAUAAACUUCAUAAAUUGAAAAUACCAUAAAUCAGAAGUGUGAAAUGUGUUUGAGCCGGGCAUGGUGGUGCACGCCGGUAAUCCCGGUAUUUGGGAGACUGAGGCAGGAGCAUUCCUUUGAGUUCGAG